AUGCAUGAGAGGGAUGAAGAUUAUCAAGUUCAAGGUAGAACGAUCAUACUGCCCUCACUUCAAGAUCUAGACCAUCUCAGAUCCUCUACCGAGAUGAAGGAUGUCAACGACUCAUAUCUUGCCAAGAAGAAUUUUGUACUGAGAAGUUCAGCUGCCCCAAUCCAUUUCAGCCAAGAUGAUAUAGACACCAUGAUCAAAUUAGGGGAUGAUUUGAUUGCAGAAUGGAAGUAUCCAAUAUGGGAUAGUGACGCUAGAGAUACAGCUGACUUGAUACUGAACUUCCAAAAAGAUGACGAACACUCUAUGGUAAAGAUCCGCGAUUUCUUGACUCAGGACGUACCUGCAAACUUCCCAGAACCUCCUUCAGAACCUCCUUCGGUCAACGAAGAGGAAGAGAAAGAGGAUCACGUUUGA